AUGGUUCAGCUCUCUGUCAUCUCAUCUGUCCUGCUACUCGCUGCCAGCGCCGUCAUAGCUCAUCCUAGUACUUCUAAGAUGAGCCCAGCUGAGCUCCAGCGUCGUGCAGAGUUCCAGACGUUCGCGAGUCGUUCCCUCAGCGGCUGCCAGGACAGUCUCCGUCGUCGAGGCCACUACGAACGCUCCGCUGCUCGUCGCAAGGCUCUUGCCGAUGAACUUCGUCGCAAGCGCGGUAUCUCUACUCGCACCCCCUACAAGCGUAGCUUGGACAGCGUUUUGGGAACAAGCCACCUGUCCAACCAGACUGGCCUCGAAGCGGAAUCUGACCCCUUCGACGGAACUGGGUCCUGCACCCUCGUUCCUGAGGCUACCCAAGGACCGUAUUGGGUCGAUGGAGAGUACGUCCGCAAGGACAUCCACGAAGACCAGGCGGGCCUCUACACCUACGUCGACCUCGAGUUGAUCGACUACUCCACCUGCGAGACCGUUGCAGCCGAUAUCUACGUCGAUAUUUGGCACUGCAAUGCUACCGGUGUCUACUCUGGUGUUGUCGCCAGUGGAAACGGCGAUUCAGGCGUCGGCGAGAACUUGAACGCCACUUUCCUGCGUGGUAUUCAACCCACCACCGAGGGAGGCUACGUUCAGUUUGAGACUAUCUUCCCAGGGCAUUACACGGGCCGAACCCCACACAUCCACGUCCUCGCUCACGGAGACGGGACGGCUUUCGACAAUGGGACGUUCAAGACCAGCAUGGACCGCCACGUCGGCCAAGUCUACUUUGACCAAGACCUAAUUACCGCUGUCGAAGAGACCUCCCCGUACAACACCAACACCCAGUCUUUCACGACCAACGCGCAAGAUGGUAUUCUAGGACAAGCAGCCGCUGACAUUGACCCCGUGCUUUCAUAUGUUUACCUUGGUGAUGAUAUCACCGACGGUCUUCUUGCUUGGGGAUCCAUGGGCAUAGACCUAUCAGCGAGCUACGUCGUCCAGUCGGCUGCUACUCUCACUGAGAACGGCGGUGUAGCCAACGGGGGAUUCGGUGGUGGAGGACCGGGUGGGGCUUUCCCUGGGAACGAAACCACUCCUGGGGGGGCCACAACCACGCUGGUAUGCACUGUCGUCUCGUAA